CACAACAGUGGGGGGUGGAGUAUCUAUAGAGUUAGCACAGUGUGGAAAACAUUUACUUUGGGUUGGAAUUAAACAGUAGCUGUACGCUAAAACUUGUACCACAAAUUAAACUACUGUGUGCUGUCGCCGGUAGGACUGCUAGCGUUAGCUCAGCCUCCCUAGCAACUCUGUGCCGCUGUUACCGACAACGACCAAGGAAACUCUGAUGACAUUUUAUUUCGAAAGAAUUUCUUUUCCGGUUGUGUGAGGCGGGCCCGACGCAGCUGAUUCAAACAACAGGGAGUAGGGAGGCUCCCGGGUUUAGUUGUUUCCCUUCCCUGUGCAGCAGCAUGGAUCCAGAGUGGAGCCCACACAGUCCAGGUGGAGAGACCGCCUUGCCAGACCAGAACCCAAAGAACCAGAGGAGUCUGCGAAGUCUUCAUGUUAUGGCCACCAGGUUUGUCAAGUUACUACAAGAAGCUGAAGGAGGACAGCUGGAUCUCAAAGAAGCCGUGAGGGUCCUGGCUGUCGGACAGAAGCGGCGAAUCUACGACAUCACGAAUGUGCUGGAGGGCAUCGGUCUGAUUGUGAAAAUAUCCAAGAGCACUGUAAAGUGGAUAGGCACAAUGCCAGGAGAAAAUGCUUGCGAAUUAACAAAGAGACUGACACAGUUAAAGUCUGAGGUGGAGGACUUGGAGCAGAAAGAAUUAAUGUUGGACCAGCAGAGACUCUGGGUGGAACAAAGCAUCAGGAACACAACAGAAGACUGCAGCAAUCUGACCUAUGUGGAUCAUGAAGAUAUCUGCAAUUGCUUCAGCGGCCACACACUCUUGGCAGUACGAGCACCAUCUGGCACACAGUUAGAUGUUCCCAUUCCCAAAGCUGUCCAGAACAGCCCAGCAAAGUACCAGAUCCAUCUGAAAAGCGUCAGUGGACCCAUAGAUGUUCUACUUCUUAACAAACACUCUGCCAGCUCUGUUCCUGUUGUACUGCCAGUCCCACCGCCUGAAGAAAUUUUACGGAACGCCAAGUUAGCCAUGUCCACUUCAGAUGAGAUGGAGAGCAGUACUGUGCCUUGUCAGGCUUCAGCUGAUACCAAACAUUGCUCUAAAUCAAAACAGACGGCCAUGGAGGACACUCAGCCUCUUCGAGCAUCGUCGUUUAUAAACACUGAGCCUAAGAGAACUGAUGCACCUAAAUUUCCAGAUUUAUCAAAGGAACUGAAGGAUCUGCUAGACCCAUCCAAAGAAAUAAUGAAUGCAGAUCUAAUCACAAAGCUUAUGACCUCUAAAGUUUUUUCUCCACUCCUCCGUCUAUCGCCACCACCAUCUGAAAAUGAAUACAUCUAUAAUCUGGAUGAAAGUGAAGGCCUGUGUGACCUGUUUGACACACCGGCGUUCAAUGUUUGACCAUGAACUCUUGUGUUAAGACUUCAAAUGUAAAGAUUUUUCUCUGGAUAUGUACAUAGCAGCCUGUUUUUAAAUAGUUAUUUGAUUUAAACAAAUAAUAAACAAGUGAU